UUUUUAAUUCUAAUGAAAUAUAUGGACUCAAAUAUGCCAUUCCUUGAGAAACACAAUUGAAAAACAAUUAAGAUAUUUAUGGGAGGGGGGGGGGGCUAGGCUAUUUUAGAAGGGGGGGGGGUGGGGGGGGGGUUAUUUCAGAGGAGAUAGGUAUGUAUACAUAUUUAUUAAACAUCCCUCAUUGAUAAAAUUUACUUAAUUUUUAAAAUUUUAUUUUUUAAAGAAUAUCUUUAUGAAUUUCAUACCUUCAAUAAUAUUUGCACGAUUAAUUCGUCUUGGAUGGAUAAAUAAUUUUUAUUUGGGAUUGCCUAAUUGGGGGCCUAAUUUACUCAUUUUUUUGAUGUUUUACAAUUAUCAUUGCGAGAAUUUUAUAACAAUUUCUACACUUUUACAUCGUUUAAGUGUUAUUGCAAAACCUUUUGAUUACGAAAAGAGUUGGCGAUUAUAUCUUCCCCUUUGCGGAAUUCUCAUAUUUUUUGGUCCUUUAUUAUUCACCUAUCGUUUUGGAUAUUGGCCCUUACUUUUUGAAGUAAAUAAGGAUGCUUCUGUUGAAAUUGUGAUGAAUAUAAAAUCAAAUGAAGAGAGACCCUUAAUAACAAAUUAUAUGGUUAUGUUAAUAACAUCAAUUGCUUAUUUAUUCGUUAAUAUUCUGUUAAAUUUGGCUGUUUAUUUAAUUUAUCGUAAAAAACAAUCAAAUCUUCCAGCGAACACAGCUAACGAUAAAAGUUCUCGUCUUUUAGUUUAUACAAUUGCUAUUUUCUCUGCACAAUUUCUUUUAUGUCUUUUUUGGGUAUUUUUUAAAUUUAAAUUAAAAAUUAUUUAA